AUGCCCUUCUCUAUCCUAUUUGAAUUCAUUUUAUCCACCACAAGUCUAACCUCGACUACAGUCCGGAACGAAAGAUGCUCAUGCUCACUGAUGGCGUUGGUCUGCCUCAUGAUAUUAGCAUAUAUUGCCUUCAAGAAGGCCUUGGGGAUAAGUUCCUCUGGGAAGGAUAAACUCAGGGACCGGAAGUGGAUACGGGAGUGGCAGGCGGAGAGUCAGAACCGUAUUGGGCUUUGUUCAGCGCGAGAUAUAUCUUCUGGAAGAGAUGGACAGUCUCCGGAAGCAGCAGCAGCAGCAGCAGCAACACCACCACCACCUCCUCCUCCACCCGCCAUCUCUCCCCUGCCCCUAGGGGUCGCUGCAGGCUAA